ACGAUCACGUUCCAAAAUAAACAAUCAGAGGCUCGCCCGUGAACAAAUUUGCUUUCUUAUUUUAUUACUCGUGUCAACAUUUUAUAAAGAUAUUAUCCGAUUUUGUAUCAUGUUCUAAUAAUGGUGUUGCUACCGCCGUGUACACCCGAUCUUUGCGGGAAAGAUUUCAGAAACUCCUUGAAGAAGCCGAGCCCAAACUAUCCCUAUGGAAAGAAAAAGGUGCGGAUUGUGCCUGCUUUUACUAUUCAGGCAAUGCAGAAGAACACAAAGGUGUUGCCGCCUCCAAAAUGCGGCGUUCUCGAUCCUUUGCCCCCGAGACCGACAAUGUUCAGAAGAUGUUAUCAAAGGGGUGAAUUUCCUCUCUCUAUUGAGUUCACCAGCAGCGGGAAACGACUACAGUGGAAGGUACCAAUAGAAAAUUUGGAUUUUCAUCAUUACCUGCCAAUUUUUUUUGACGGGCUCGCAGAAGGAAACUACCCAUUUAACUUUAUCGUCGAGAAGGGAAUCCAUGAUUUGGUCACAAAAGGGUCAUACAAAAUAUUACCUGUGGUCCCACAGCUGAUAAUACCUAUUAAAAAUGCGCUCGCGACAAAGCGCCCCACGGUGCUGUGUCAUGCGCUCAAGUGUAUACAGAUGCUUGUGACUGGGAGCGACCGGGUUGGGGAAGCGCUUGUACCUUACUACAGGCAAAUUUUACCAAUCCUUAAUCUGUUUAAGGAUCGAAAUCGUAAUCUGGGGUCAGGUAUCGAUCACACAUCUACCCGAGGAGAGAACGUUGCAGAUUUGAUAGAAGACACUUUGCAAAUACUCGAACGCUAUGGAGGACCGGAUGCAUUCAUCAAUAUAAAAUAUAUGAUACCCACAUAUGAGUCUUGCGUACAGAAUUGAGCUUGUCUAUUUUUAGCUUAGCUGGAAACUGCUAUAAAGUAACAUUAGAAAACCAUUUAUUUAAAUUAUAAUGAUUAUAUUUAAAAGGCUUAUUUCUAAUGCAAUAUUAAAUUCUAAAGUCUGAUUUAGUAUACUCAUUGAAAUAUUGUUAUUUACAUAAAGUAAAAGUUAAAAUAGUUUUAGUAUUAGUACCAUUAUAAAUUUCUAAGAGAUUAUUUAGCAUAAAUUCUGUUGAAAGCUUCGGUAGGCUCUAAAAUACGUUGUUUUGUACUCAUUUUGUUACGUUUUUGUUAUGAUAGUAUCUUUUU